CCAUUAAACACAAAGAAGCUGCCCAAGACGAAGAAGAUGGAGAAGAAGGAGCGCCGUCCUCCGUGUUUUCUCGGGUUUCUGUCCACGGAGCAGCAGCGGGAGAGUUAAUAAAGCUGUAAGACAGAAACAGCAGCAGUUGGUGAACCCUGGAAAGAAGAGAAACGGUUUGAGGCUCAGCUGGAACUGCUCAGUAACUGUUAAAGGAAAGUUUGGAGAGAGAAAAGCUAGCAGAGAUGUGGAGACAGCAGGUCAAACAGCGACUGGAUGCAGCAGAGGAGCAGGACGUGGAUUAUAAUCCGCUGGACCGGCUGCACAGAUUAGUGUUCCCUGAAGAUGUUCAGAAACUGCUGGUUAAAGAAGAACAGAGUCCUGACCUGGACCAGGAGGACCCGGAGGACCCGGAGGACCAGGAGGACCAGGAGGACCCGGAGGACCCGGAGGACCAGGAGGACCAGGAGGACCCGCUGCUCGUCCACAUAAAGGAGGAGGAGGUGGAGCGCUGGAUCGGUCCGGAGGACGACGCCAGCAGGUUUCCAGUCAUCAAAGUUAUCGUUAAGAGUGAGGAUGAGGAAGAUGAUCCUCUGUUGUCACGGCUUCAUGAAGACCAGAUGGAGAACGGAGACGUUCCCAGCAGCAGCUCAGCGGAGCAGAUGAAAGCAGAGACGGAUGCAGAGGAUGGCAGAGGAGCAGAACCCAGCAGGAUUCAUGCCGACUCCUCCAACUCUUCAGAGACUGAGGUCAGCGAUGAAGAGGAUGAUGGUGUGGCGCAUCCUGACUCCCAGCUGAACCUCAUGAGCAAAGAGUGGAAGGAGAGCGGCGCUCCAGAGUCCCGGAGUGGAAGCGCCGUGACAGUGAAGUGUUUCAUAUGUGAUGACUGUGGGAAAACCUUUAAAAAGAAACAUUACCUCAACGAGCACAUCAGGAGCCACACGGGGGAGAGACCGUUCGGCUGUCCCGUCUGCGGACAGAGGUUCAGUCUGAAGAAAUGUCUGAACGUUCACGUGAGGAACCACUCUGGGGAGAAACCGUUCUGUUGUGACGUCUGCGGACAGAGGUUCAGCCUGAAGAGAACGCUGAACGAUCACCAGAGAAUCCACACGGGGGAGAAACCGUUCAGUUGUGAUGUUUGUGGGCAGAGUUUCAGUCUGAAGAAGACUUUAAAUGACCACCAGAGAAUCCACACGGGGCAGAAACCGUUCAGCUGCGACGUCUGCGGGCAGACCUUCAGCCUGAAGACCACUUUAAACAGACACAUCCAGAUCCACACCGGACAGAAAGCGUUUCGCUGUGACCUCUGUGGACAAAGGUUCAGACAGAAAUCCACUUUGAACCGACACAUGACGAUCCACACAGGACAGGAGACCUAUCCCUGUGAGGUCUGUGAACAGAAAUUUGAGCGAAAGACUCAUCUAAACAUUCACAUGAGAGUCCAUGCAGGACAGCAGGCAUUCUGCUGCGACGUCUGCGGACAGAGGUUUGACCGCAAGUCCAACCUGAACAUCCACCAGAGGAUCCACACCGGGCAGAAACCGUACUGCUGCGGCUUCUGUGGCCAAAGGUUUGGCAGGAAGUCCAAUUUGAACCGACACAUGAGGAUCCACACAGGGGAGAAAUCCUUCUGCUGUGAGUUCUGCGAACAAAGGUUCAGCCUGAAGACGAGCUUAAACGACCACCUGAGGAUCCACACGGGAGAGAAACCUUUCUUCUGUGACAUCUGUGGUCAGAGAUUCCGACAAAAGUCGACUUUAAAUAUUCACAUGAAGAUCCACACCAGGCAGAAGUAAAGUUCUGCUUGUGAGGAAUCAGCUGGCUGACGGAUGGAGCUGCUCACAGCCAGAGGUGGUUCUGGUGUGGGAACGGUCCGUCCUCCAGGUCCGGCAUCCUGCGGGCUCCUGGUUUCUCACAGCUGAAUCAAGUGAUGGUUCAUCAGCAGAACCUCAGAGGAAGUUGAACCGUUCCAGCAGAAACAUGUAAAACACGCUGGACACCCUGCAGUCCUACAACACAUGAUUCUUUAUUAUCAGAGGAAUAUUUCUAGCUAUAAAUUCUGAUAUUAUCGUCUAGCUGCUGUUGAGAGCCAUGGUGGGUGAAGACGUUCCCACAGAGUUUGUGGGAACUUCAUGUCCUUUCAUUUCAACAUGUCUUCAUUUCUAAAACCCUCUGGAGUUUCAACCGUCGGGUUUCUCUGCAGAACAUGCAGAGAAAACAUUUUUUCACUAAAAACUUAAACUAUGAAUGUGAUGAUGAUGUUUGUAAGUUUUUUAUCUUUGCUCAUGAAUGAAUCUCUGGUGCAUGAAAUGGUUUUGCUAAAGUCUUAGUUUAGGAAAAGUUAAAGAAUAUAUGAGAAAUGAUGUCAAGGAAAACUAACUGUCCAGACAGAAAGUUAAUAAUUACGUUUGUCCUCAUUCUGUUUUCUGAAGACAAUAAUAAAGGAGCUGAAAUAUUCUGAGGGAAUAAAUCUGUUCUGUAAAGGAGUUCUGGGUUUUGUCUUUUAUAAACGAUCAAAUAAAGUUUGAUCUUCCAAAGUGGUCCAGUUGAGAGGGAGCGAUGACUAACCAGCUGAUCAUCCAAGUUGUUUAACUGUCAGUAAUGAUCUGCUAACCAAACGUUGAAACGUUGAGCCAAAGCAGAAGAAGCAACAUGGCAGCAGGAAGGUUUUCCUCCACAGCAGCUUCACCAGAGACGGAGCCCAAGUACUCCCAUGGUCCGGUGAGUUUUUACAUCCCGGAUCUUCUCAAAGAUUCUGCUCCUUACUGAACAACACUGGGGGACUAGGAAGCUAAUUGCUGGUUAGCUAGGCUAUUUACUCCACUAUCAGCUCAGUAACAUUAAUGGGCAGAUGCCUCAACUCCACUGAGCGACUCGGUUUGGGUCGGUAUAAUAUUUUAGGAUCUGCUGUAUUUGCCCCUCCAGUUGGACGCCUAACAUGGCAUCAGUACUGUGAAGACAAACAUAACACACUGGUGUCUCCACUUCUCUCCAGCCGUGACAUUUUUCUGUCCCCAGUGAGAGACCGGUUCUGUGAGAAGCCAGUACCUCCACCGUAACCAGACUGACCUGUUGACCUGUGGACCCACACACAGUGUGUGCUGCACCGACCGGGCAGCACACACUGGCAUUGCGCUUCACACCACGGGGGCCAAACUCCAGUCCCUCAGGGGCCUUUAACCGCCGGUUGAUUGUCUCUGUUGCUGGUAGAAACUGGUCUGUUUUCAGUCCCUGCUUCUGCGUUGCCUCAGUAACUAGCCGCACCUGCUCAGGUAAGACCGAGUAAUGAGCUUCACAACAAACUGUUUCAAACCAAACAUUUAUUUUAUAACGAAGCCAAAAACAACAGCAGGUAUUGACAUGUUUACUUUAGCAGAAGUUUUAGUGACAGGCGUAAAUAAACCGUCACUAAAACGCUGUGACCGACUCACCGCACCGUUCAGUUAAAGGCCUGCAGGUCAACGCUGUGGUCAGGGUGGAGAUACUGGCAUCACUCAACAGUCCAUUGAUUGGAGGACAGAAAUGUGUUUGACAGUAAGAUGUUUGGGUUUAACUCCACCGGCUCAUUUCCCUCUGGACUCCUGAAUGUGAUCAGUCAUGAAACGGGUCACCGAACCGCAGCAACCCGGGCCGUACCGCCGUGAAUCGUCAUGGAGACACAAACAUGACGUCUGAGUCAAACAGAAAGUUCAACGUUUACAAGAUAGAAUAGAAUUCAACUUUAUUGUCAUUGCACUGUCACAAGUACAAGCAACGAGAUGUAGUU